AUGGCGGCUUCAUGCGAGGCGUCAAAAGUCGGGGCUGAUGUCUCUUUCCGUCUUACCAUCACCAGCCCCACGAGCCACCACACGCUCGGUUCAAACUUCCGCGUCACGACCCGCAACCCGACCGACGCAAUGCAUAUACCCCCCACCCACGUCGCUGCUGGUCCAGCGACACCCAUAACGAGCAUAAUACCACCUAAUGCCUUAUCAUGGAUCGCGAAAGACAGACCUGGAACCGGAGAUGGAUACACGGAGAACUGGAGCAGUCUUAUCGGCAUCCUCACCGCGAUAAUAGGAAAUGUCUUGAUAUCUUUUGCGCUCAACAUGCAGCGGUAUGCGCAUAUACGGCUGGACAGAGAAUGGCAAGAAAAGGAGCGACAAAGGAAGAAGAGGAACGCCUCUAGCUUGAGCUUGCAGAGGCUAGCGGACGAGGCCACCAAGAAUGCUGGCCAGCGCAAGCCUCAGCACCAUGAGGAUAUGGUUGAGCAGAGAGACGUGGCUGGCCGUCACAUGGUCGAAGCGACCGAGUCGGAUCCGCUCAUUCCACAAUCACAGUCGCAGAAGAGACCAGGGGUGGAGAGGGACGACAGCACAAGGUCGGGAACCGAAGAAGCGGCCUACAAGCAAACAUCAUACCUCAAGUCGCCCUACUGGUGGUUUGGCAUAAUCCUCAUGACUGUUGGAGAAUGCGGCAACUUUUUAGCUUAUGGUUUCGCGCCCGCGUCCAUCGUUUCGCCUCUUGGUGUAGUCGCUCUAAUCAGCAACUGCAUCAUUGCGCCGUUCAUGCUCAAGGAGCCUUUUCGCAAGCGGGACGCCCUUGGUGUUAUUAUCGCGGUUGGAGGCGCUGUUACCGUGGUACUUUCUGCAAACGACAACAACCCCAAGCUGGGCCCUGGUGAAGUCUGGGAUCUCAUUAGGAGAUGGGAGUUCGAGACUUACUUGGGCAUCACUGUUGGCGUCAUUAUGGUUUUGAUGGUUGCGAGUAAUCGCUAUGGAGAAAAGAACAUCUUGAUCGAUUUGGGCCUUGUGGGACUAUUUGGUGGAUACACAGCGCUCUCAACCAAGGGGGUCGCUUCAUUACUCUCGUACACGCUCUGGCGCGCCAUCACUUUCCCAGUCUUUUAUCUACUCGUUGCUAUCCUUGUUGGCACUGCAGUCAUGCAGAUCAAAUACAUCAAUAGGGCGCUCCAACGAUUCGACGCCACCCAGGUCAUUCCUGUCCAGUUCGUCCUCUUCACUCUUUCCGUCAUUGGUGGAUCCGCCGUACUCUAUCGAGACUUUGAAAGAACUUCGGCAGAGGAUGCUGGCAAGUUUGUCGGUGGAUGCGCUUUAACAUUCUUUGGCGUCUGGCUCAUUACAAGCGGACGGCCCGGGCGGGAAGAGGAAGACGAUGAGGACGAUCGCGAACCAGAAUCGGAAGAAGUUGUCCAUAUGGCUGGCGAGCGGUACACAGAUGAAGUCGAUGGAAGGAGCGACCAAGUCACUACAAGUACCCGACGCUCAUCAACAACACGUCCACUAUCGCCACCUAUCGAGAUCCAUUCGCGCUACCGUGACGAGGAUACUCGACCCUCAACACCAAAUAUUAGAGUCAUACCAGAGCCAAUUACACCUCCAAAUCCAACUCGACCCGCCACUGCCGACAUCAUGUCAUCCAUCAUGGCCAACCCAUGGGCCCAAGGCAACGAGCCCGAGUACCGAACACCACCACUAAACCGUCAUACAUCGACACCUGUGCUUCCAUCUGAAGCCGCACCUCCACCCCUAGUAUCCAUCUCCGACCCCAACCGCGCGGUCCCAGAGACACCUACGCGUGGAAGAUCAUACAACGAAGCGCCCGUCACACCAGGCUCGCAGCCACCACUUCGCCGUCUACGAACCGGAGACCGCGUUCAGAGCGCACGUAACAGCAUCGCCGGUCCGCUACUCGCAAGCCCUCUAAGCACCAGUCUCAGCACCAUGGUGCAAGAUCUCAAGCGCGGAGGAAGCAUACGCCGGCAGCACAGUUUACUCGGUCUCCGAGCCAGAGAAGGGGAAGAUGUGGGCGGCAUGCUCGUACUGGGCGAGCCGCUUACUAGACGCCAAACAAGGGAGAGUAUCGGCCCUUCAGAUGGCGGCGCCGUCACACCUGCUAGGAUGGGCAGAGGAAGAAGUCUCAGUGGGACGCUGAAUGGUAUUUGGAGGGGAAUCAGGGGUCAGGGCAGCAGAGAGGAUUUGAAUGGUGAAGAGGUGGUAAGGGAUUUGGAGAGAGAAAGGUAAUUUUUAGGAAAGAUGAAUAUUAGAUUUUUCUUCC